CCCGGUUUUUUCCUCUAAUCGCCCAUCAUGUCUGCCGCUGACCUCCCCGCCAUGAAGACGAACCCCACGUUCAUCUUCUUUUCCGACUUUGACGGAACCAUCACUCAAAAAGACAGCAAUGAUUUCAUGACCGACACCAUUGGUUUCGGCUAUGACCUCAGGCGUAAGGGGAACAUGGACACCCUUGAGGGCAAGACGACCUUCAGGGACUCCUUCAAGGAAAUGAUGGACAGUGUCAAGAAGCCCUACAAUGAGUGCAUCCAGUACCUUGUCGACAACAUCAAGUUGGACCCUUACUUCAACGUAUUCUUCAAGUGGGCCCUUGAAAACAACGUGCCUGUUGUCGUCCUGUCGUCCGGCAUGGAGCCCAUCAUCAAGGCCCUGCUGGCGCACCUUGUUGGUCCUGAUGCGGAGAAGAUCCAGGUUGUGGCCAACAACGUCCGUGCCAGGCCUGGAAAGACCAUCAACGACGAGGGCGGCUGGGAGCUUGUUUACCACGACGACAGCGGCUUCGGGCACGACAAGUCCCUGACCCUCCGCCCUUACGCCCAACUGCCGGAGGGCCAGCGCCCGACCAUGUUCUACGCUGGUGACGGUGUUUCCGACUUGUCCGCCGCUCGUGAGACUGAUUUGCUUUUUGCCAAGAAGGGUCAUGACCUGAUCUCGUACUGCGUGCGCGAGGAGAUCCCCUUUACUGUCUUUGAGGACUGGAAGACGAUCCUGGACAACUGCAAGGAGAUUGUGGAGGGCAAGAAGACGGUGCAGCAGGCGGCAAAGGAGGGCCACGAGCUCUACAAGGCGGGUGAGUCUGGCGUGACGAAAUAGAUGCCCAAGGGGGCGCGGGGAUGGAGGUUUGGGCACGGGUAGAUGGAGUCUAGACAUCUAGAGGGCGGGAUAGACAUAGUUCGGG